UUGUUCCAACAAGUUUUACCUGUUUGGCCUGCCCGAGGAUAUGAGGUAAAGCUAAAGCACACCUCCCCGAGAUAUGCACUUAUAGAGUAAACACCAGUGGUGUCCCAAUGGCUGACAGACCCACAUCAGUAGACUGCUGGAAUUACUUAAAUGGUUCUCUACUGGAUGUUAAGGUUUACACAGCCAAUGAAAAAGAGCCAGAAGACCGAAACCUGUGGCCCAGACCACUGGCUCGAAAAUGGACCGUGAUGCUGUUUAUGGGCACCUGCCUCCUCUACUGUGCCAGGAUGGCCAUGCCAAUCUGUGCAGUGUCAUUGGCAACCUCUUUUCACUGGAGUAAGAUCGAUUCUGGGCUAGUUCUGGGUGGAUUCUUCUGGGGUUACUGUUUCACACAGAUCCUUGGAGGACAUGCCAGUGACAAGAUGGGAGGAGAGCGUGUCGUGUUCAUCUCUGCAGUCUCGUGGGCUCUGAUCACAGCUGGUACUCCUCUUCUGGCCCACUUAGGCUCUCACACCCUCGCCCUCUUGACUAUGGCCCGAUUCCUUAUGGGACUGACACAGGGAGUUUUUUUUCCGUCUUUGGCCAGCCUUUGCUCACAGCGUGUAGUGGAAGGAGAGAGAGGGUUUUUAAUGAGCACCAUGACCAGCGGUUCACAUCUUGGAACAUUGCUAGCAGGUGGGAUGGGGUCCCUGAUGCUGGACUCAUACGGUUGGGAGAACAUGUUUUACACUAUUGGUUUCCUGUCCGGACUCUGGGCACUUAUUGUUUGGCUGUGUUUACUAAAAGGUUCAGAAUUCCCCACUAAGCAGAUGGAAACAAGUAAAGACCCACAAUGGAGUUUGUCAAGAACAUGCUGGCUGAGUCUCCUAAAGAAGCCACCUGUCUGGGCCAUGGUGUUUGCUCACAUGUGCUUGUCCAGCUCUUUCUACAUUUUGUUGUCAUGGUUGCCGACAUACUUCAAAGAAUCAUUUCCACAUGCCACGGGAUGGGUAUAUAAUGUAAUUCCAUGGCUUGCUGCAACUGUAUCAGCACUUGUUGGAGGAUAUAUCUCAGACUUUCUCAUCAACCAAAGAUAUAGUGUAGCAUUGGUGAGAAAGAUAAUGCAGUUCUUUGCCAUGGGUGUAUCGAGUAUAUUUAUUGUGCUUCUGUCUGGAGCGGUCACAUUUCCCACUGCUGUGAUUUGCAUCUCUGCUGCUGUUGGUCUAUCCACCUUCAGCAUCAGUGGUGUGUCAGUGAAUGUACAGGAUCUCGCCCCAUCAUGUGCUGGUGCCCUCUUUGGUUUCAUGAAUAUGUUGGGUGCUUUCAUGGGACUGGUGUCGGUCUCCCUGUCAGGUUACCUGAUUGAGGUCACGCUGUCGUGGGCCACCGUGUUCUCCCUCAUCACUUUAGUAAAUGUCACAGGCCUCGGGAUUUUCCUCAUUUUAGGAGAUGCUAGUCGUGUCGACCUGGAAGAUUACAGCCGGGUUAUUGUGAUUUGACCCAGACAGUUUUGUUGCAAAUAACAGUCUGUAGCUGAUUUGUGAGACUGGACAUUAAAUUCACAUCUCUAAUCAUCAGAGUCAUUCUUUGCUGUAACUGGCUGCGAAGAAUGCACACUACAGUAUUAACAUGAUGUACUUGUUUGGGAUGGUAUAAAGUCGUGUUUUCUUUGUCAUUAAUUUGACAAGCGGAUCACAUUCUUAUUGAUCAUAAAUGUGAAAGUACUGCAACAUCCCCUUUUGAAAGUGAAGUCACUAAAAUAUUGUAUGCAUUUUUUUGCAUUGUGCUUACUGUAAGUCACAGUGACUGCAUUGUACAAAUGUGUAUGACUGUAGGGAAGUUUGAUUUCCACAAAAAUGUUUACAUUACUAAUGACUACAUGCAGAAAUGCAAGUUGCUGGUUUAGAGAUUCAUUUUAACCCAACUAUAUCAGGGGAAAUUAAGUAAAGUGUCUAUUUGUCAGAUUUGUUGACAUGAGACUUUACUUACUUAAGAUUUAAAUCAGUUUGGACCUGUAUAGCACUACAAGAUGAACAGGUUUGUUUUGCCUCAAGAUAAGGCAACAAUUAUAUAGCCUACUUUUUUUUUUUGAAAAGCUAAACAAUUACAAAAUGCUGCAUCUUUUAUUACUCAAACAGGAGUAAAUAAUGCAUUUGUUGGGGACUAUUUUCUGCUGCAGAUUUGAUGCUUUUAUUAUUUAAGUUGGAAGUUGGAUGCACCCGUAAGUCGUACCUAUUAGCUCUGGUAUAUGGAUUUAUAAUUAGAUUUUAAGUAUUUAUUAAACUAAACAUAUUUUGAAAAGAGUGUUUCAGUGGUAUUGUACAGUUUGGUUACAUUGUAAAGUCACUUUUAUACAUAUAUUAUUGUUUGAUAUAGCCAAUUAAAUGUUAAUAAAUUACCGUUAAGGCUGUCAGUUGUAAAUGUCCGUUUUUCUUGCUUGUGUUUUUUCAGAGUUCUGCACACUUACCAAAAACAUG